GCGGUCCGUUGCUAAGGAGGAAGUUUGGUUGAGUCUCGCGCAGCAGCCAUUCAGCGGCGGACUGUGGACCGAGCGUCUCCAGAAAAACUCUUUCUGUGGAAUUAUCAUCCAUUCUGUCUCAGCCCGGAUCCACAGACACGGACACGGCUUCAAGGGGGCUUCUUCCGGGUCGGUGAUCACAGGGAGCUCAGCAAUGAAUAAGCUACGGCAGAGCUUCCGCCGGAAGAAAGACGUCUACGUGCCGGAGUCGAGUCGGCCGCACCAGUGGCAGACGGACGAGGAGGCGGUCCGCAGCGGCAAAUGUAGCUUUGCAGUCAAGUACCUGGGCCAUGUGGAGGUGGAGGAGUCCCGAGGCAUGCACAUCUGCGAGGACGCAGUGAAGCGGCUAAAGACGGACAGGAAAUUCUUCAAAGGAUUCUUUGCAAAAGCGGGGAAGAAGCCGGUGCGAGCUGUGUUGUGGGUGUCUGCAGACGGUCUACGUGUCGUAGACGACAAAACAAAGGACCUGAUUCUGGACCAGACAAUAGAGAAGGUGUCGUUCUGCGCCCCGGACCGGAACUUCGAGAGGGCGUUCUCUUACAUCUGCAGGGAUGGAACAACACGACGCUGGAUCUGCCACUGCUUCAUGGCCAUCAAGGACUCGGGAGAACGUCUCAGUCACGCCGUCGGUUGUGCAUUCGCCGCCUGUCUGGAGCGAAAACAGAAGCGAGAGAAGGAGUGCGGCGUCACGGCGACCUUUGACGCCAACAGAACCACCUUCACCCGGGAGGGCUCGUUUCGUGUCACAACAGCGACGGAGGCGGCAGAGCGGGAGGAAGUCAUGAGGCAGCUGCAGGAUGCUAAAAAAGCAGAGACAGAUGUGGCCGCCGCCGCAGCCACCAGCGUGACAAACUCCUCCACACACCCGUCAGGAGGCUCACCUUCCCCCUCGUCCUCCCCUCCGCUCUCCGCGGGCAUGCUGGGACCCCAGGCGAUACCGCGCAGACACGCACCGGCUGAUGUGAUCGCCAGGCAGGGCUCCUUCAGAGGCUUCCCGGUUCUCAGUCAGAAGACCUCUCCUUUCAAACGACAGCUGUCACUGCGCAUGAACGAGCUGCCCUCCACCAUGCAGCGCAAGUCUGACUUCCCCAUGACGAACACAGUCCCCGAGGUGGAAGGAGAAAGUGACAGCAUCAGCUCGCUGUGCACUCAGAUCACCUCAGCUUUCAGCGGACCCCCUGAGGACCCCUUCUCUUCAGCACCGAUGCCCAAACCAACCUCCUCUCCACAGUCUCCUGUAGCACCAGUGAACGGCACAGCUCCCGCCUUCUCUGUCACUACUGCUGUUGCCGCGUCUGCUGCUGCUGCCGCCGCCGCCGCUGCUGUAACCUCUAACCCCCCAGUUCUGCCCCCCGCUCUGCCUGCUCGAGACACUAACCCCUGGGCUAAGACCCCAGGAGGGGCCCCGGCCUCAGCACAGCCAGGAAGUAACUGGACAGCCCCCACCCCGGUGAUCGUGGUCCCCCCCUCGUCCUCCCCCGUCAUGUCCUCCCACAGACGCACCCCGUCUGAAGCAGACCGGUGGUUAGAAGAAGUCACAAAGUCUGUACGAGCCCCGUUGCCUAACCCAAUCCUCGCCGGGGCCACGCCUCCCCCGCAGCCAUUCACGGCUCCCGUUCUACCGAUGCCUGUGGCUGCCCCUCCCUCCGUUCCUCCGGUGGCCUUCAUGUCCUCUCUGCCCCCCGCGGUGCCCAUGUUGCCCCCUCGACAGCCAGCCUUCCAGCCUCAGGCUCCGGCCUCCUACCCGAUGCCGAACGGGCUGCCGUUCCCUCAGGCCAGCGUCCCCGUGGUCGGCAUCACGCCCUCGCAGAUGGUGGCCAAUGUGUUCGGCUCGGCCACGCAACCCCAGCCCUACCCGAUCCCGGCCCCCACAACACAGCUCGAUGCCCAGGCUGUAGGCCACAUCAGCCCCUUUAUCAAACCCCCGCAGCCCGCUGCAGUGCACCCCGCCCCCCUCCAGCCAGCCAAUGGCAGUGUGACCUUUAACGGGGCAGACAGCUGGGCCGCCCCGUCCCAACUGGCUCCAUCAUCCCCAGCCACCCAGCCGCCCCAGCAGCAGCAGGAAGAUGCCUUUGAGGCCCAGUGGGCAGCCUUGGAGGGCCGCUCCCGCCAGCGCACCACACCCUCCCCGACAAAUCCCUUCUCCACUGAGCUGCACAAGACUUUUGAGAUCCAGCUCUGAAGGCUGCGUCUGAGAUUAGAAAGGCCCGGACAAUAGAGAGGCCGCCUUAGUGCAGAGGGGAGAUGUGUGCUUGACUCAAGAAGAGAGGGAACGGCUUUCUCUCUCUCUUAUCUCGGUUUCAGUGGACAAGCUCAGCCGGGCAAAACAGAACUGGGAGAGCGUGGAGAGCGGGGGGGAGUCAGCAGGGAGCAGAGUCCCUCACAGCAGAGAGGAGAGAAAAAAGAAACUGGCUGCUGCUGACGGCGAGAGUGCAGCUCCCCGAUGUGUCAUUAGCUUUGUCUGUAAUGUUUUGUUUGUGCUGUGGAGAGCAAGGUCAUCCUUACCCUGUGGAAUAUCUGUGUUGAGCCACACCCAGCCCCAUGUCAACCCCCCCAGCACCCACUCAGGUGCCGCGGCUCCCGUCUCCUACCUGCUUUUGCUCAAUCCAGUUCCCGGCGCCCCCUGUUGGCAGAACGAGAUCUCCCUCACCUGGCAGAGGACCUGCAGCACUGAGAGAACUCGGCUUCCGCACGAGAAGUUCUCGUUGUUAACUUCCCGAUCAGAAGAAUAGAGUGAGACAAUGCCAAAAUCUUUAUUUUUAUGCAUUAAGUAUAUUUUAAAUAGCUUUGGAAUCUAACAGAAGAGUUGUAAGUAAUCGUGCCAAAGGCACAGGCUAGCUACAAUGAGACAUGUUCCUGUAUACAAGAAAUGACCGUAUAUAUUAUACAUAAAAAAUAUAUAUAUCUAUAAAGAAUCUAUACUGUACACACAGCUUACAGCAGUGCUAAUUUCUAAUGUGAUGUAAAGAGAUUUGUGAAGGGACAGCUGCUUUACUUUGUUUUUAUUUUAAUGUUUUAUUUUUGAAGAAAUCUCUUUAUUUCCGUCUGUUGCAUCCUGUGAUUGGAUGCAAAGCAUCUCACUGUAAAUAGGGUAUCAUUGCAGCAACAAUCAAUGUGGACCUGGUGGUGGUGCCCGACUGGUUGCCUCUCUUCUUCUCUGUGCUCAGUUUGAAUAGUUCGUACACAUCAGUACUCAACACUUCUUCUGUCUCCACCGUCGUUCUUUUUGUGUGGUAACGAUCCUGUUUUUUAUUUAAUGCAGUAGGAUGAGUCGUCUUCUGUUUCACCACCUCUUAUAUUAUUAUUUUUUUAAGUAGUUGAUUUCCAAAUUUUAUUAUGCACAAGCACUAAAGUAGAUGAUUUGACCUCACAGGUGACCUUGAUCAACACAGGUGAGUUAGUCUGUAGUGCUGACUCGGCCUGACGCUCAACAGAAAACUACAGGGAGAUAAACGGUUUCAUCUCUCACUCUCUGAUUUCUCUGUCAUGUUUUUAUUUUUUUAAAUCAAGCCUGUGAAUAUGAUCUAUUAUCUGAUCUAUUUUUCCAUUUUGUAAUUAUUUCAUUACUUUGUUCCACUUCUUUGGAGAAAUAUUGAAGCUAAAAGAUUGAAUAAAUUGAUGGUGGUAGAGGAAAAAGUG